AUGGUGAAAAGAAAGUUAGGGGCCUUGGAAAAGGUCGAGGCUGAUCUGCCCAACUUACAGCAUAAAGUCCGAAGAGAUCCAAAGUCGUACAUUGAAGACUUCCGGGCCCAGCAUUACCAAUAUGAGAGUCACCGCGAGAUUUUCAUGGCCGCACCCACGGCUGCCACAGACACUGGCAUCAUCUCGUUACGGGAAUUAAUUGAUUUCCUCGCGCACGUUGCCGAUUGCUAUCCCACCAUUACGAAGGAUUUUCCCCAGCAACUCAUCGAUAUCCUGACACAGCACCAUCUGAUUCUCGAACCCGAAUUGCGGGAGAAGAUCGUAGGUAGUCUGGUCUUGCUUCGCAAGAAGGAAUUGCUUGACUCUGCUACUUUGCUGCAGACUUUGUUCCCUAUUCUGAUCUCGACCCCAAGCAAGACUCUGCGAGCCCUGAUUUUCCAGAAGAUCCUCAUGGAUCUUCGGACAUCGAACUCAAAGACAAUCAACCACAAGCUCAACCGGACCAUGCAGACUGUUCUGUUCAACCUGGUGACAUCAGACCGCACUUCUUCAAAGGGUCUGUGGGCUAUCAAGAUCACGCGCGAGCUGUGGAAACGACAGAUCUGGACAGAUGCCAAGGCAGUUGAAGUCAUGAAGGAGGCGAGUUUGUCAGAGAAUGAGAAGGUCAUUGUUGGUGGUGUUCGCUUCUUCCUGGGUGGUGACAAGGAGCGUGAGGAGAUGGAAGACGAGAGCAGUGAUGAAGAGGCCAUCGAUCUCGGACGAGUAAAACAUCAGGUCGGAAUCAAUAAGAAGACCCGGAAGAAGUCCCGCGCGGUCGAGAAGGCAAAGGCUACCGUCAAGAAGAAGGAGCGGAAGAAGAACCAGCCGCAUCCUCUGAACUUCUCCGCGCUUCAUCUGCUACACGAUCCCCAAGGGUUCGCGGAGAAUCUGUUCUCGAAACACCUUCAAAAUUCCAAGUCGAAGCUGAACCUCGACCAGAAGCUUCAGGUCUUGCAGCUCGUGUCUCGUCUUGUCGGAUUGCAUAGAUUGCAUAUCAUGCAUCUCUAUUCUUACUUCCAAAAAUACCUCACCCCACGACAGCCUUCGGUUACAUCGUUCUUGGCGUCCCUUGCACAAGCAUCGCACGACCUGGUGCCGCCUGAUGUUCUUGAGCCUCUUGUACUGAAGAUUGCCAACGAAUUCGUGUCCGAAGCAGCCGCAUCGGAGGUGGCUACAGCUGGUCUCAACGCCAUUCGAGAAAUCUGUGUUCGUCAGCCCCUCGCCAUGAAUGAAACUCUGCUGCAAGACCUUGUGAUGUACAGGAAGAGCAAGGAUAAGGGUGUGGUGAUGGCAGCCAGAGGACUGCUCAGUCUCUACAGAGAUGUUGCAGCGGAUAUGCUCAAGAGACGUGAUCGUGGUAAAGAGGCGUCGAUGGGCUUGCGCUCUGGCGAGAAGAAAGAGCGCCGUUUCGGUGAGCAAGAGACCGGUGAGAUUGAAGGUCUCGAGCUCCUGGAGAAAUGGAAGGAGGAGGAGCGCAGGAAGCGGAGACUCGAGAAGGGUCUGCCUUCUGACGCUGAAGACGAUGAAGACGAUGAGGCCGAGGAUGAGGCGGCCUGGGCCAAAUGGAAUGUUGAAGACGACGAGGAUAGUGAUGGAUCCGGCGGGUGGAUUGAUGUCCAGAGCGAUGCGGAAAUUGAGCUCAGCGACUCGGAUGAUGAUGAAGAGCGGCCUUCCAAGAAGGCCAAGUCCGAAGGCGAAGAGGAUAAUGCACAAGCCACAGGAGAGCAAACUGAGGCCAACAAGCUCAAGCUGGCAACGACCCGUAUCCUCACGCCGGCCGAUCUGGCUAAACUUGCCGAGCUGCGCAACGAAGCAGCUGUCAACGCUCUACUCCCGAAGAAACAUCGCUCUGGACAAAACAAUGGUCCUUCUCGACAUGCGGACGAUCCCCUUACUGCCGCCGAGAUCGAAGGCCUGGCUGCCCUGUCUGCUGGCAAGUCCACACGCGAGGAGCGUAUCGCUCAUGCGAAGGAAGGCAAACAGGACCGGUCAGAAUAUAAGAGUGUGACCGCAAGACGCAAGGAGCGCAAGGAGGAGCAGGGCAAGAGCAGUACGAACAAGGAGAAGGAGCGCAGAAAGAACAUCUUCAUGACUCUCGGUAAAGCGAAGGGCAAGGGCAAAAGAAGUCUGGUUGAGACACGAAAUGUCCUGCGGGCUCAUCAGGAACGGAGGAAGCGUGGUGGCCGCAGAGGAAACAAUGGAUAA